GGAAAGCAAGUGACAGAAGACGGAAGACAGUAAACUUUCGUGACAUUACAAACAGAAUCGUCUAAAAUGAGCAACAGAGGGAGUAACGCGGGUACCCUGAGUAUCCUAAGCGAACUGGGAUGGGACGAAGGAUUUAGCAUGCCCGUGGCAAACAAGGAAAAUAAAUAUCUGGAGGAUGAGGUCACCCAGAAACAGCGGUCAGUGGUCAGGCAUAUCAAUGACCUGGAGGUCACCACUGACCGCAUUACAGCCAUGGCCGAGCAUCUGAAGAAUGUACGACAGGAACUACAACAUACACAGGGUCUGGUCAAUGCUAAGCAGAAGGAGAUAGAAACAGAAAGUCACUUUUCCAAGAUAGCAGAACGUGAGGAGGGCCGUCUGAAACAAGAAAUACUGCGGCUUCAGAAGGAACAGGAGGAACUGAAGGAAAAGAGAAACGUCUUUGAGAACAACAUUUUCCGUCAAACCCAACGCCUGGAGGAGAUGAAAUCACAGAUGAACUGGGACCAGCAGGCACUGGAGGCGUGGCUGGAGGAGUCAGCCAGGAAGGAUGAGGAUUCCAUGACUCUACAGAAAUACUCUAGACAUGACGAGAGCAAGAUUAAGGAACUGUCGCUGAGAAUGGAGAAGCUGACAGCAGAAGUACAAGGCAAACGUAAAGCUCUGGACCAUGAGACUACAGAGACAUUGACUGCUCAGAUUGAGCUUGACAAGACAGCUGAGGAUUUUAGGAAGGCUCACACUGAACGUCAGAAUCUGAUCUCUCAGUGGGAACAUACCAUAGAGCAGAUGCAGAGGAGAGACACCGAGAUGGACCUGCUGGCAGCGCAACUGGCACGAGUAAAGGCGGAGGUAAGGAAGCGUGAAGACAUGAUUAAGGAGAGGCAGCAGUUCUAUGAGAACGAGAUGGAUAACAACCAAGAGUUUGAGAAAAAGAUUUCUGUGGCAGAGCGAACAGCUGCUAAAAUGAGGCAGGAUUACACCGAAGCUGAGACCCAGAGAGUGCAGUUUAGUGACGAGUUGGAGGCGCUGAAAAGAACGGUGGACCGAACAGCUACUGAUCUCGAGGUGACAAGAGCAAAUGUCAACAUGCUCAAAAAGGACAUCGUUGACAAAAAUAACAAACUUAUACAAGUGCAGGAACUGCGCGAAACCCUGGUGGAGAAGCUGAAGAUCGCCACAGAAUCCACGCUGAGCGCUGAGGAGCGCGCUGCACGCAUGGAUGAGAUAAUGGAGGAUGAAGAGAAGAGACAGAAAGCCCUGGACAUGGAGCUGAAGAACCUGCGAGAUACCUGCUUCAAGAAGUCACAGGAGCUCCACGAGAAGAAACUGAAAGAGAAAAACAUUGAUGCUGAAAUACAGGGAAGCUCAGCAGCCAUUCGAAAUUUGAACAGUAAAAUCAACAAAAUGGACACCAACUCUCUCAAACAGCAGGAGAUCAUCUACAAUCAGGACUUCACCAUCCAACAACUUGAACGGAGGAUCAACCGCAUGCAGGGAGAAAAGUCUAAUGAUGAGAAAAUCCAGCUGGAGAUGAAAAUCAAUGAACUUACAGAGGAGCUGGAACAGAAAAACACAACCCAUGCCUUACUGACAGCUCAACUCAAGAGACUACAGGAUGACACAAGGAGAGUUGCGAGAGAACUAGAGAAGAGUGGAGCAGAAAAGGCUGAUCUUACCUCCAAAAUAGAAGAGUUAGACUUGUAUACUGAAAAUUCUGAGAAAGAACUGCGUAGAACUGUUGCUAAGAAGCAGGACAUGAUGGUUGAUGAGAACAUACUAAAACUUGAGCUGAAGAGACUCAGACAAAUCCUCUACUCCAAAUCUGAUGAGGUUCUCACCAUGGAGAAGAGGAAACUUCAGCUGGAAACAGCAAUGAAAGAGCGGCGCCAGGAGAUCAGUAUUCACAGAGAGAUGUUGACAGCCCAAAUCCGUGCUGGUGAUGAUGAGAGGCAACAGAUCAGUGCUGAACUUCAUGAAAGAAUCUCCAAAAUUGACAAACUUCGUAAGCGAUAUGAGAUCCUGAUGGUUUCCAUGGCACCCCCAGAAGGUGAAGAGGAAAAAUCUCAGGCUUAUUAUGUCAUAAAGGCUGCCCAGGACAAAGAGGAGCUCCAGAGGGAGGGAGACGAGUUAGAUGCUCGGAUACGCAAAGCCGAGCGGGAAAUCCGUGCCCUGGAGAACACACUGAAACUGAUGAACAGUCGCAAUGAGACGUACAGGAAAAGCUUCAACAAAGUCACAGAUACAAGUGAUGAGAUGGAAGAGAAGCAGCAGCUGGAGGAGCAACUGAGAGCGGUGAUGGACAAGUACAAGUACAAAAGGCGUCAGAUCCGAGAGCUACAGGAGGACUUACAGACGAUGAGCAGUACUCUGGAUAACCUGACCCGUGAUGAAGACGCUUAUGUUGAGCUGAUUGAAGAGAAAAAGUCUAAGGUGAAUCAGCUGAUGAAGGAGUUGGAUGACCAGAAGGCCAAACUGGAGCGUGUGGCCAAGCAGAACGCCAAGUACACUCGGGAGCUGAGGAACCAGACCAAGUCUAAGGAUGAGUCCCCACAGGAGCGUGAUUUUGAGGUGCGCGAGAUGCGAGAGUUCAACAAGACAGUGAUGAAGCAGAUUGGGGAUGUGGUGAACCAGCAUCAGGACCUGGGGGAGAUUGUCAGCCUUUACUUCUCACAGGCUAAUCUUCCCGCCCUGACGCCCACCCCGAGGGGUUCCCGAUUAGGCAGUGCGCGGAGCAGCCUCUCCUCUGUGCGGAGCAUUCGGUCUGUCGCCUCCACUCAGAGUCGUCCCAGCCCUGUUGAUAUUGGAGCAGAACUAGGUUCGCCAGCAAGUUCCCGCAGCGGUAGUUCCAUUGCAAGUGUUCGCAGUCAAGCGAGCCGGUCAGGUGCAGGCACUGGACGUCGCUAGCAUUCUCCAUCUUACAACAUAGGCAACUGGAUCGUUUUAAACCAUAACUCUAUUUUUAAGACAUGAUUUUUUUUAUCUUGAUUAUCUGAUAACUUCUUUUAUCCUGGUUUUCUAAUGAUCUUUGUUGAACAGCAUUGUGUAAAAGCUGCAACUGUGUGUUUUGUGCAAGCACAGCACGCGUUCAUUCCAGGGAACAAUUUUUUUUUUAUACGGCAAUAAUUUUUUUUAUAAUUUGUGGCCGUAUAUUUUAGUUUUUUUUACAGAGGUCCAAGCUGUUAAAUGUGAUAGACACAAAUUUUACCUUUAUUCUACAGCAUUUUACUUUAUAAUUUUGAAACAGUUACUUAUUUUUCAUUUUACUGGAGGAUUUGACCUUCUGAAAGGGCUGCCUAGAUAUAUGUCCGUCCAAAUACAUUUUACGAGGAAUUUCUAACUACCAGUAAUAUAUUUCUCUUCAAUCAGAUGUAUAUAAAUUUAUAAUGUAUUUAUUUGUCUGUAUUACAUGUCCAUACCAUUGUGAUCUUCUCAUGUACUAUAAAAUCUUUGGCUGACAAAUACAGGCACGUGGUAUGACUUGCAGUUUGACAUAUGAGUACUUGUUGUGAAGGAAGCCUGUAGCAGUAAAGAUACCUGGUGUCUUUGCUGACUGAAAAAUAAGGUCUUCUUAUGAAAGUUCUCGGGACCCUGGACAAGGAGGUUUUUUAGAUCAAAUCCAGCAGAGGCUUGUCAUGAAAUUUGUGUCAGGUACCUGGCAAGAUUGAUGGUUUCUCCAUUUCCUCCACCCAUAAACCUGACAUAUACUGUAUUUCACCUGAAGUUUGGUAUGUAAAAGUGCACUUUCCAAAACAUGUAAAGGCCUUCAAAAUGAUACUUUUUCUUGUGAGAAAUUAGUCAAAUUUCACAAAAAAACUCUUUAAGGUGUCAAGUGGAUGAAUCAGUCAUUCUGAAUGAUUGUAAGUGAAACAUUGUUCAGUAUGCAAUC